ACGUGCUGCGGGCUCCGACCUCACGUGGACGGUCGAGGACGCACGAUGUCCUCAAGUGGGUCAUCGGGUGCGCCAAGCGACACCGAGCUGCCAAGCAGUGCGACCAAGCCGUUGCUAUCGCGACAAGCGACGCCAGUGCACCAGUACGAACCGGGAGAGCUUCAGCCGUUGACCACGCCAGCGACAUCGUCCCACGAAGACGAGCGCGAGUCACCUGCCGUGCACGCAAAGUCGUCCCACAUCAACCUGGUCUGCUGCGCUCUGUUGGCCCUGCUGGUGCCGGGCUUGCUAGGAUCGGCGCUCACACUGAUCGCCCUGCCGAGCUGCCUUAAAGGAAAGGACAACAGGGAUACUUCGGGCACUGCCGCCGCGCUUCCGUGCGUGCCGAAAUCUACGGGGCGCCAGGCACCCGAUCCGCCGGUUACAAUCCCUACAACGACCACCCAUCCGCCCAUCACUCCUUCGUCCGCCACUCCUUCGUCCGCCACUCCUUCGUCCGCCACUGCUUCGUCCGCCACUCCUUCGUCCACCACCCCGUCGUCCACCAUCGUUGCUCGCGGAUCCCUUGCAUCGGCAGUUCUUGUGGAUCCCCCCGUGAAGGUGUUCACGCGUGGCAAACUCUUCUACCGCUCAGCGUACGCGGACGACAGUCGCGGACACCUCUUCGUCGGAGCCAUGUACGUGGAUAACUCUGCGCUGCGAUGGAAUUAUGAUUUCUAGGAAAUUAUUUAGCGAAAAAAAAAAAAGAACCAGAGUUGGCAAUUGAGUGUGAUAAUAUGCUUUUAGACGUCGGCUUGGUGCAGUUGUUUUCAGCUGGGGGAAAUCACUGCACGUGUCGUAAAUUUUCUUUCAUUGGAGAGUUCAUCGUUACCGUUGUUUAGGCGGCAGUAUCAAUACAGCCGUAAGUGAUAAACCCUUGGAUGAAAUAACCAGUACGGUGCACAAAGUGAAACCGGACCCGCCGUGGUUGCUCAGUGGCUAUGGUGUUGGGCUGCUGAGCACGAGGUCGCGGGAUCGAAUCCCGGCCACGGCGGCUGCAUUUCGAUGGGGGCGAA